AGCAGCCUCACAAAAACAGUCCGAUUCCUGCUGUCCUCACACAGCCAGUCCUCUCUCAGCGAGUGGUUAGGUUGAUGAAGUGAACAGUUAUCCACAGAUCCAGGGAGCAGGUCUGUCCGUCUGUGAACAUGAUGAUUGCUAACUUCUUCCUGAGUGUCCUUUUUGUGUCAGGAGCUCACACUGCUAGUCCUGAGAAGGCAGAUCUGAGUAUUGCAGCACCAAAGACGGUGCAGGCACUGAGUGGAUCUUGUUUGCAGAUCCCGUGUAACUUUGCAGCUACAUCAGGUGAAGAGAUUGACAGCAGUGGGAAAAUCUCCGGAGUGUGGAUUAAAAAUGACUUCAGAUUUGCCAAAUAUCCAGACAAUGUGGUUUUCAAAAGCAGCCGAAGAAUUAACAACUACACCAUGAGUCUGACUGGAAACCUGAAGGAGAAAAACUGCACCACUUUGUUUUCAAAUGUCCUCACAAGUUACACAGACAUGUACUUCUUCAGAAUAGAGAGCAGCACAUUCAAAGCAACAGCUUCUUGUGAUCCUCUACACAUCACAGUUAAAGAUUCUCCUCCGAGCCCCAGAAUAGAGAUCCCAGCAGGAGACCUGAAGGAGAAGGAGUCUGUCACUAUAACCUGCUCAGCUCUCACUCCCUGUCCACACUCUCCUCCUAAACUCACCUGGAGUCUCCAAAGAGACUCUCUCAACAACAUGGAGGAAAACACAGAUGGAACCUUUACAACUCAAAUCCAGGAGAGCAUCACUCUGUCAGAGCACCAUGAUGGAUACAACAUCACCUGUUCUGCCACAUAUCCUGUGAAUGAAGGCAGAGAUGUGAGGACAGCAGAGGAGACAAAGACUCUCAGUGUUUCAUACUCUCCCAGGAACACCUCAGUGUUGAUCUCUCCCUCUGAUCCGGUGUCAGCUGGCAGCACGGUGAACCUGACUUGCUCUUGCAGAGGAAACCCUCCGGUCGUCCACUUUGUCUGGUACAGGAUCAGUGAUGGCAGGCUGGAACUGAUCAAAGUGGAUUCACAGGUUUAUGUCCUUAAGGUGACCAGCAGUGAUCGAGGGAGAUCCUUCUUCUGUGGAUGCAGAAAUGAUCGAGACAUUCAACUAUCAACAGGACUCCAGCUGAUAUUUGAAGGUGAUCACUCGUCUGAACCUGUUGGCCUUGAAGUGGUUUUGAAGAUCCUGGGAAUCCUGUUGCUUGUCAGUACACUGAUCAUCUUUGAGUGGUGGUUUCGAUCAAGACGCUCCAUGAAACCAGUGAAGGAAGCAGAGGAAGCUGACUAUGUCAACACAGCGGCUGAGUUUCCAUCAUCACAGCAGGGAGUACUGACUUCACAAGCUGCAUCAGGGAGACCUAUCUAACAAACCCAAAUAACAAUGACAUGAUUUGAAUAAAUUGUAGACUAUAUGUCCAUUAUCAGCGUUUUAUAGACCAUGCAGAGGCCACAGUCCAUAAAGUCCUGAUUAUGAGUACCUCUAAUACUAUCUGAUGUGUUUUACAAAGGAAAUAUAAAGUGUUAAACAAGCUGUCACUCAGUUUCCAAAGAAACUCUUCAAAGUCUUGUCACCUUUAUACAGCACAUUCACACUGAUGUUACUUAUUGGGCCAUGGGGCGUUGUUUGUAAAGAUUUGUACACUGAAAAUAACAGCAACAAUUCUCCACAUUUAGCUUCAAAACCUCCUAAAAACUAAUGUUAAUUUUAAAAGUCACUUUUCUAACACAUUUACUGUAGAGCAAUGUUUGUGAUCUUCUUCACUUUAUUUUUGUCGGCACAAAUUCAAGUUAA